UGAACAUUAUAAGGACAUUUACCAUUAAAAUUGUUGAUUGAAAAUUCAAACAAUUUAGUAAACUUUCGAUUUUAGUUUUAGAUUACUUUGGAUUGGAUUGCUUUGGCGGCUGACGCUGCUGAACGGAAACGGAAACCAAACAAUCCGCCAUAAAAAGACGUAUUUCGAUAAAGUAAAAAAUAAAUAAAUUUAGAUUAGAAAAAAAGGAAAUAAAAUAAUACGCCGACAGACAGCACUUACAUUCAUCUACCAUCUACUGUUUCCGACUUCCGAUUAUAUUCCAACGCCAAGGAAAGUUUCAAAAUUAAUAUUUUGGAGGUGGAAGAAGGGAAGGAGAAAAAUCUGAGUAGAAAUGAAAACACAAGGUCAAAUGUGCAAGACCAAAUGGGCAAAUAUUAGAGACACAUUUAGACACUAUUUACACAUUAAAAAAUGUGGUAAAGUGACCAAGAGGUACAAACGAGCUAAUCAACUAAGUUUCUUGACAAAACAUUUUAAUGAAAGAGGAACGAUAACUAACAUUAAAGAUAUUGAUAAUACCCAACAAAAGUCUGAACAAAUAGUGCCUGAAUAUGAAAAGUAUUUACACAUUACAAAAAGUGGAAAAGUAACAAAGAGGUACAAAUACAAUCAACUAAGGUUCCUGAAAAAACAUUUUAAUGAAAAAGAAACGAUAACUAACACUAAAGAUAUUGGUAAUACCCAACAGAAGUCUGAAAACAUAGUGCCUGAAUAUGAAAAGUAUUUACACAUUACAAAAAGUGGAAAAGUAACAAAGAGGUACAAAUACAAUCAACUAAGGUUCCUGAAAAAACAUUUUAAUGAAAAAGAAACGAUAACUAACAUUAAAGAUAUUGGUAAUACCCAACAGAAGUCUGAAAACAUAGUGCCUGAAUAUGAAAAGUAUUUACCUACACAUUACAAAAAGUGGAAAAGUAACAAAGAGGUACAUAUACGAUCAACUAAGAUCCCCGAAAAAACAUUUUAAUGAAAGAAAAACGAUAACAAACAUUAAAGAUAUCGAUAAUACCCAACAGAAGUCUGAAAAAAUAGUGCCUGAAGACGAAGAAAGUAAUUCUGGCUAUAAGAAAGAACACAAUGUUACUGCCUCAAGCCAAGAGAUAAAUGAUGAACAAAAUGAAAUAAUAGAAGAAACCAACAGUCAAAGAGAAGAUUCGUCUGCUUCAAUACAAGGGACUGAAAAACUACCCAUACAAAAACACACUGCUAUGGACUCUUUAAUUAACAAACGUGAGGAGCAAGUUAUGACACCACCAGAUGCAGUUGACGCCUUCCUAACUGUCAUAACACCAGCCCUAAAGUCUCUUUCGCCUCUAAAUGUUCAUUUUGCCAAAUCAGAAAUAUUUUCGGUUGUACAGAAAUAUGAGCUGAAGUGUCUGCAAGAACAAACUUAUACUAAUUUUAAUCAACAACAAUCAAGUGCCCCAACAGCUCUUCCAAUAGUAUCGCCUGCAUCCAGUUACCAAUAUACUGUUACGCUGCUCGCUACUAUCUGAACUGAACAUCCGGCAGUCCGGCACCACAACUGUAACCAUAAUCUUCGAUUUCUUUUCGAAGGAAGAAACUGAAACUGUUUUUACCAGUGUUCGAAACGGAUUCUCGCUAUUCGAGAACCACAGUUGAACGAGACACACUUAUGACUGGUUGCACCAACAGAUCUUAGGCUUAAGACUGCCUUAAGCACUGCUUGCGAAACAUAUGCGUUGCAUGUUGCACCAUCGAGUCUUGGAUCAAUUUUCAGCUUGCCACGUGGAUUGUAUCCUAAACUUACCAGUUAAGACGUGCUAAGUGCUAAGAUAGACGAGCCUUAUCUAAAAGCUGAGAUGGACUAAGCUGGAACUGAAGAUUUUUUGGUGUAACCAGGCAUUAUAGACUUUAAAGGAAAAUUCCAGAACAGAAUCGAACUAGGAUAAAAUAAAUAAUUUGUAUUGAACGGACUUACCGAUUAUUUUGGUAUGAAGUGCGCGUGUUGUAACCUCGAAAAAUAAAUAGUAAAUAAUUGAAGAUAUAAAUUAUA